AACAUUCCAAUACAAGGCCCCAAACUCUUGGAGACAGACACACAAACACUUUGGCCCUCUCCUACUGAUAGGCUCCCUAUCACUCGCACAGACACUGGAAUGGAUUUGCCCUGAACUGACUGCCCACUGCAGCAGAAGUUAACCAGAGCCAGAAUGCCUAUCCUCAAGAGGCUUCCCAGGAGGUUCAAGAGUAACCACAGCAAUGGUGAUCUCCAAAAAAGUAACCUAACUAAUGGAGAACUCAUCCUAAAGAGCAACCAUAGCAACGGGGAACUCAUUCUGCCACCAUCCGAUCUGAAUCCGUUUGAAGGGGCGUGGGCAGGCAUAGGGUGGAAUAAUGAAGAGGACGAGGUCUGGAAGAAUGGACAGGACUACCAAAGGUCAUCUCAGGUGAGCGAAGCACUAGAGAAUGAGGCAAACGCAGAGCAGCGUGGAGGGUCAAAAGUCACUGAGGGAUCAAAAGAAAAGAGGGGAACUCUGGAGCGAAUCUGUGGCUCAUCGCCACUGAAGACCCUUGGCAAAUUAGGCAAAGGGCUGCGUAUGACCGGAAGAAAUGUGUGGGGUGCCACUCCUUCGCUACGAAGUGCCACUCUCCCGCCAACACCUUCCUCAGGAAAGAAAAAAAAAAACUAUCGACGUGCCUCUGAGGAGAUCAUGACUUUACUGAGGUUGUCAGGCCGUCGUAAGGAAAGUGAGCGAAGAGAUAGUCUACCUACAGGUGAUCUGACCACUGAAAACGACGAAGACAGUCGCAGGCGUCCCUCGUUUCUACGUAUGGUCAGUCUGAGCAAACUCAGAGGAGACUCGCUAACAAACCGCAGCUCGCAGGAAGACGAGCAAGAGUUAGUAGAAGAAGAACAGCCGGUCAAACGCAGGGAGCCACUAUCAGUGUUGGAGAUCCUACAAUUAGUUAAUCAGAGAGAUCUGCUGCUUGCUGACACACACAUCCAAGAGCUGGAGAGAGAGUGUGAACUUGACCCCUCCUUCUGGACACAAACCACACCCACUUCAACCACACCCAGCAAUAUGACUCAUCACACACUCACCUCGGCUCUCUGGCUCCCCCUGUUUCCUGGUUCAGGCAGUGAGGAUUCUGGCCCAAGCAUGUGGGAUGCUGGGCUGCGUAAAGUGAAAGAUGUAGAGCUGCUUUACGAGGCUCUUCAGAGAGAAAUGUGGGAUGUGGUGAGGGAGUCGUUACGCCAGCCCUGCAGCGGGCCUCAGCUCGGCCUGGUGGUGCUGGUCAUUCAACAGGAAGAGCAGGCUGACAAGGUUUGGGCCUUACGACAAGAGGCCCAAUCCAACGCUCAAGCCAGUGACCAAUCUGAAGACCAUUCCCGGCCCUCCAAUCGUCCCAGGAGACUGCGUCAAAGGUGGGUGGAGGCUGUGGGAGAGGCAGCUGACUGGUGUCUUCCACAACCGGGGGGCAUCGCUGCAGGGCAGAUGGGCAUGUACUUGGAGCGUUUGAGGGGCAGGGUGGUGGAGGAUAUGGACGCGGCACGUCGGAAUGUGGUGGCGGUUUAUCCCGAGGAGUUUGCUGUGUUUCAAGUCUACAUGCAGAGCUAUCACAGGGCUGUUGCCAAACGACUGAAGACCAUCACUUGUGGCCCGAUUCAAAUCACAGAUACAUACUCGCUGCUUGACUGGAUCUACAACAUUUACAACAGGGACGUCUUGGCUACAGUUGGAGCAAUGGGCACGAUAGUGUGUGAAGAGUUAGAUCCUCUCCUGCCCGAAGAUGUCAUAGACCGGCUGGAACAGGACUGCGUCGAAACUGUUUGGGACAAGAUGACUAUGGAGCUCUCACAAGUUUUGGAUGAUGAAGAAAAGCGAUGGGCUCAGACACUGCACAUUGAAGAGUAUCAGUCGGGCCUCGCCCGUUCUGUUAUACAGAGGCUGAAGGUAGAUUUGGACAGAUCGACAGCUGUCAGUCAGCCACUUGGAGCUCGUGUUGCUCGCUGCACCUUGAAUGGACUUGCAGAUUUCUUGCACAGUUUCCAGAGAAAGGUUGAGAUGUUUCAUGACACGCAGUCAGAGUUUGGGGAUCAUGGGGAUGGUUAUGUCUCCAGGACCAUCUCUCUUGUCAACUGUGUUCCACCAUUCAGGAAUUUUGUGGAGCGUUGUCGUCUGUGUGACACCCUUGGCAGUGAGGACGUCUCCCAGCGAGCUCAAUCCUCUCUGGAGCGAAUCGUUAACCAGUCAGUGCGAGUUCUUUCAGACUUACUGUUUGAACACAUCAGGCCAUUCUUCGAUAAACUGGUGAAGAGGAAGUGGCUAGAUAACAAUGAGGUCUAUGAGAGCAUUGAGAUGACCAUUAAACAGCACUUUAAAAAGUUCCGAAGAAUGGACUGCCCUCCAUAUCAGGCAUUGGUGAAUGAAGUGCACAGGCGGGUCCUGGUUGAAUAUGUUCGUGCCAUCAUGAGGGGACGGGUCAUCUGUACGUCCCUCAAAAUGAGGAAGAGAGUGGCUUUCCGUCUGCAGGAUGAGGCCAAACAGCUGAAGGCUCUUUUUAAAGAUCUGGAGUCAACUUCCUCCUGGUUGGACAGUGUGAUUGUUCACCUGGCUGACAUCAUAGCAUUGGAGGACACUCCCUCUAUUCAGAUGGAAGUUGGGCUUUUGGUGAAGGAAUUUCCAGAUAUACGGAGAAGACAUAUCUCUGCUGUGUUGAAUGUUCGUGGGAUGGUGCAUCAGACAGACCGUCAGGAGAUUUUAGCUGUUGUCCGGGACUUAGAGACCAGCGACAGCUCCAUCAAUCUGCCCCGAGAUCGUGCCCUCUUCUCUGAAAUCGCAGUGGCCAAAGACAUGUCCUGCCUGGGGCUGGUUCUGAUCCGCUUUGGUCUGACUGUGUCAUCGUGGGUCGCCAGUGCCCGGCCACGCCGUAGCCAGAGUAGAAGGAGCUGGAACGAGAAACAUCAACCACUGUCAAGCCAUGCAAAGCGCUUUACUGAACCUUAAAGAUAAUGAAAUACAGCAUAACUACAACGCAUAGUAUCCUGAUAUUUAAAAAAUGACACAAUAAUGCUAAAAAUACAUAGCAUCGCCACAAAUAUUACAUAAUCAAAUCAAUAGGCUAUAACAUAAAGCAACGAUUGCAGAGAUUGAAAGAUUAAAGAUGGCAUAAAUUGUGCUGUGUCAAUUUUCAGACUAGAUGAAUGUGGUCAGAGCCCAGUCAAAAGGGACAAUAAGAUGAGUCCAUGACAGCAAAGUAAAAUCACAACAAUACUUGUCCUUCAGUACACAGCUGGAGCGGAACAAGUCAGUGGACACUUCAAAGGACGGGAAAUAGUCUAUAAUUCUCUCGCUUUAAAACAGGCUAGUGGACUGCUGUAGGUGGACCUCUGUCGUGUGAACAGCCACAUGAUUUGAGAGGAGCGGCAGGAAACUCGUCGCUUUAGAGUGGGGACUUGCUGAAGUUUUUAUUAGUGCAGGCUAUGUUCAGAACACUGAUUUAGCUUGACAGUAAAUCACAUACAGAACAAAUGCAUAGAUAUGAUGUAUCAAACACCAGGUACAGUUCUACAAUGCAUAAACAGCUACUUUUCAGAUUUUUGUUAUUU